AUGCAUCAACCCAUUGACUGGUUUUCUUGGCUAUCAAAAUCCGGGCUUGAACCUUCACUUAUUUACGAAUAUGGGAUGGCUUUCUCUCGAAACGAGCUUGAAGAAGGCGACAUAACUUACUUCAACCAUGAAUUCCUUCAAAGCAUGGGGAUCUCCAUAGCCAAACACAGGUUAGAAAUACUGAAACUUGCUAGAAAACAAAAAGGUUCACGUGGGUCACACACACACCCCAUUUCAAGGCUCAUCAUCGCCAUGAAAAAGACCAAAAGGACCUUGGCUAGCUACAUCCAGACAUGGGUUCGCCGGGAUGAGUCAGCUCUGGUACUCGUUAGUAAAAGUUAUGGUUGGAAAGGUACGAUGUUGAGAAGAAACAAGAGAUCGGUGACUUUCAAACAAGCUAGUACUCCUCCUACUCUAUUGCUCACUAAUAGCUACCAUAAGUCCGAUAGUGCUAGAAUCAACAACUUUGCGAGUCCUUUGGUUUAUGAUCUCCGGUAUGAUCAAGGAAAAAUUGAUGGUUACGAUGGUGAUGAUCAUGAGAAGUCUGAUGAAGAAGAUGAUGGUGGUUACUGGUCUGGAGGUGGGGGUGGUGUUCAAGAGAUUAGAUGGGACACCAUGUUUCAGAAUUUGAAACCUACUUGA